GCACACGCGAGCAGGGGAGUGCAUUUUGAGUUUUUCUUUUCUUUCAAUUAUUUAUUUUCCUAGCGCGCGCUGCUGGUUGAGACUUCAGGUUCAGACGCCAGGAGAAAGAGUUUCUGAAUCUCAAGACAGCAGAAAAACGUUUGGCGCCCGGGGCUUCGACCCAGAGAUUUCUGAGUGAACUUACAGCUCUACCCUAGACAUCUUCUCUGACCAACUAGGAGCCGAAUAUAGCAUUUCUGGUUACAAAAGUUUGAGAAACACUCAGGCCCUCGAACGCCGUUCUGUGCAUAGGUAGCAAGCUUUCUCCAUAAAAAUUGAUCUAAGGCUACUUCCAAAGCCUCUUGCCUGUUGGUACCCACGGAUUUUAGGUCUUCUGAAAAGAGUUAAAGAAAACUAUUUUAAAAAAAAACAUGAUCAAGACGUCUGAUGUGUUGAUUUUUUUCGUCAAUGGUAAAAAGAUCGAGCUAAAAAAUCCAGACCCUGAAUUAACUCUUCUGGAGUUUUUAAGAAAACAACAACGUUUGACUGGAAGCAAACUUGGAUGUGGUCAAGGAGGAUGUGGCGCUUGCACAGUAAUGAUUUCAAAAUAUAAUAGUGUCACAGACACCAUUGAACACUGGCCAGCCAAUGCCUGUUUAACAACUGUCUGUAGUCUGCAUGGACGUGCAGUGACCACUGUUGAAGGUGUUGGUGAUAUCAAAAGGAAAGUUCACCCAGUGCAGAAACAGUUGGUUGAGAAUCAUGGAACCCAGUGUGGUUUCUGUACUCCAGGCUUUAUUAUGUCGAUGUAUACAUUGCUCAGAAACAAUCCAAAGCCAACAUUACGAGAAAUUCAAGAAAAUUUUGAUGGAAACUUGUGUCGUUGUACUGGAUAUCGUCCCAUUUUACAAGCUUUUAGUGAAUUUUCACAGGAGAGAGUUGAAAAUAAUUGUGUUAUGGGUAAGAACUGUUGCAAAAAUGGAAAGCAAAAAGAUGAUGCUAUCUCAAAUGAUAACAAUGGAAAGGAUGACAAACAAUUAUUAAUAUAUGAUCCAACACAAGAACCAAUAUUUCCUCCAGAACUAAAGAUCAACUGCACAAAGUUGGAUCAGGAAGUUUUAAAGUAUGUGUCUGGGGAAGUUACCUGGCUGUCUCCAGCAUCUUUACCAGAACUUUAUGAAAUACAGAAGGCUCACCCAACUUCUGUACUUGUUAGUGGAAACACAAUCAUUGCCAUGGACACAAAGUUGAGCAAUACCAAGUAUCCAGUCCGUGUACAUAUUUCACGUAUCCAAGAACUUAAUCAGAUAACUGAGACAGACUUUGGAAUAAAGAUUGGUGCAUCAUUAAGCAUUGCAAAAGUGAAUUCAUUCUUCAAGAUGGCCAUAACCAAGUUGCCAGAGUACAAGACUAGAAUACUUGUUGCAUUUGUUGAACUCUUUAAAAGAAUUGCCAACCAUCAAAUAAGAUCAGUUGCUAGCAUUGCAGGUAAUAUAAUGUCUGGAACACCAAGUGCUGAUAUAGCCCCUCUUCUAUUAGCAAGUAAGGCAGUGGUAACAGUUCAUGAGAUAGAUGGAACUAACAGAGAUGUAGUUAUGGAUGAUAAUUUUUUCAUUGGCAACAGAAAAACAUGUUUGAAAGACACGGAUACCAUAAUUUGUAUUACAUUGCCUUUUACUAAGCAGAUUGAAUAUAUUAUUGGGUAUAAACAAGCUUAUCGUAAAGAAAGUGAUUCUGCCAUCAUAAAUGCUGGUAUGUGGGUGCAUCUAACAGAACAUAAAACUGUUGCUGAUAUUCGGCUUGUAUUUGGAGGAAUGGCUGAUAAGGUUGUGUUUGCUAAGAAAACUAUGUCAGCCUUGAAAGGAAAAAAAUGGGAUGAGUCACUUCUAGAACUGGCAUGCUCUCAAGAUCUUCUUCCUGCUGACUUGCCAUUAUCUCCUGGCUCAGUUGGAGGUUUAAUUGCCUACAGAAGGACUUUGACUCUCAGCUUCUUCUUCAAGUUUUUCACUACAGUUGGUGACAGGGUUAAACAGAAUGUUGUUGAAAACCAUAAAGAGUUGUCUAUAAAACCAGUUAGUAUUUAUCAGGCAAGUCAGAUCUAUGACAUUACUAGUCCAGGACAAAGUGAGAAUGGUGCAGUUGGCCAGCCAAUAGUUCACAGGUCUGCCUAUAAACAGGCUACUGGGGAGGCUGUAUAUGUGGAUGAUGUACCUAAAGUAGAAGGUGAACUGUUUUGUGGCGUUGUCUGUAGUACCAAGGCUAAUGCAAAGCUAAUACAGAUUGAUCCAUCUAAAGCUUUGGACUUGCCAGGUGUAGUGGACUUUGUGACUUACAAAGAUGUCCCCAAUGAUAACUUUUGGGACUCACCCAAGGACUAUGUCUUUGCUGAACAAACGGUUGAACAUGAAGGACAAAUAAUUGGUCUUAUAUUGGCUGACAGUCUUACACUGGCUCAGAAGGCAGCCAAACUUGUGGAAGUAGUUUAUGAGGAACUCCCAGCAGUUGUUACUAUACAGGAUGCCAUCAAAAGAAAUUCCAUUUUUGAGUCAAGUCUUGUUCUUAAAGAUGGAGAUGUGGAUGAAGGUUUAUCCACAGCUGAAAGUUUAGCCAGGGGAGAGUUUCACAUGGACUCUCAGCAACAUUUUUACCUGGAGCCUCAGGGCUGCAUUGUCUACCCUCGUGACUCAGAUGAGAUUGAUAUAGUCUGUAUGGGCCAAAGCAUUGACCUGAUUCAGGUUGGGGUCUCCAAAGUACUUGGUAUACCAGAGAAUCAGGUUACAGUUAGAGUGAAGAGAAUAGGUGGUGGAUUUGGUGGGAAAGUUAUCCGCCAUGCUUGUGUUGUCCUUCCUGCUGCAGUUGCUGCUCACAAAACUGGUCGCCCUGUUCGUUUAGUUCUAGAGAGAGAUCAUGACAUGAAGCUAAUAGGCUCAAGGCGUGCAAUGUGGGCUCAGUAUCAGGUUGGUUUCACAAAAAAUGGUAAAGUGACAGCCUUGAAGAUGACAAUUUAUUUAAAUUGUGGUGCAACUUUUGGCUACUCCUCAACUUGUGCAGAAAGAAUUCUUCUGUUUCUGGGAAGCAAUUGUAAAAUACCUAACCUCCAAGUCGAUACUGUCCUAUGCAAGACGAAUAUUGCAACCACUACACCCUUCCGUGGAUUUGGCAACCCACAAGCUAUUAGCUUAUUGGAAAACAUUUUGGAUCAUGUUGCUGUGGAGUUGGGAAUAGAGCCUGAAGUUGUACGUAAACAAAAUCUGUACAAUCAAGGGGAUACAACUGCAUUUGGUCAGCUGAUAGAACAGUGUUCUCUACAAGAUUGUUGGACUGAAUGUCAAAAACUGAGUCAGUACAAUACCAGGAAACAAGAAGUGGAAGAGUUCAACAGAUGCAAUCGAUGGAAGAAACGUGGCCUAUCUAUUGCACCUACAGCCCAUGGAAUAGGCUUUUCUUACCCAGUUCUCAAUAAGGGAAGCGCAUUGGUGAACAUUUUUAAGGAUGGAUCUGUGGUAUUGAUCAUGGGAGGAGUUGAAGUAGGUCAAGGACUUUCAACUAAAAUGAUCCAGGUGGUAAGUCAGGUUCUAGACAUCCCUGUUGACUAUAUCAAAAUAGCUGAGACUAGAACCGAUGUUGUGCCAAAUACACCCCCCACUGCUGCUAGCAUGACAUCUGAUUUAGUGGGAAUGGCAGUUGUUGAUGCCUGUCAGCAACUCUGUGAGAAACUAAAAAACUACAGAACUCCAAAUAAACCAUGGACGACUGUGAUUGGUGAAGCCAUUGGAAAAAGAGAAAGUUUAUCAGCAUUUGGCUACUACAAGCCAGAUUGCUGUGGAAUGGAUUGGACCAAAAAAGUUAAUUCUCCAUUUAUGUACUUCACAUAUGGUGUUGGUUGUUCUGUGGUGGAGAUUGACUGUUUGACUGGAGACCAUCAGGUUCUCUCUACAGACAUUGUCAUGGAUGUGGGUCACAGUUUGAAUCCAGCUAUUGAUGUUGGUCAGAUUGAAGGAGCUUUUAUGCAGGGUUAUGGACUGUGGUGUCUGGAACAAGUGAAAAUGACCAGUCAGGGGAAACUACUCUCAAAUGGACCAGGAAAUUACAAAGUUCCUUCUCUCUCUACAAUCCCUCAAAGUUUCAAUAUCUCACUGUUAAAAACUGCUGGCAAUCCAAAAGCUGUUUAUUCUUCUAAAGCCAUAGGGGAACCAUCUCUCUGCCUUGCCAUUUCUGUUUUCAUGGCUAUUAAGGCAGCCAUCAGGGCUGCCCGCUUAGAAUCUGGUUAUACUGGCCACUUUACAUUGGAUUCUCCUGCUACACCUGACAGAGUACGCAUGGCUUGUUUGGACAGAUUUACAGAACAGUUUCUACUGGAUGAUCAACAAGACAAAAUACAACCUUAUUUUGUUCGUCUCUAAGAUGCAGAGUUGCUCAGUUGUGUGAAAAAAAUGGCUACUUUUGAUCUUCUAAAAGUAUAACCUUUUGAUUAUGAAAUUAAAUAUGCAUAGUGUAUAAUGAAGUAAUUUAGUCCUUCUUUUGUAAUUAGUAUUAAUAUAUAUGUACAUACUUUAUUCAUUGAAAUAACAAAUGCAGCAACAUGUAUUAACAUUAUGUCACAAUUGCCUAACAACAAACAUGAGAUUUUCUGUGAGUUUUCAGAAGUUGAAAGAGAAUUUAUCAAAUAUAAGAAAUUUUCGGAAGGGGGGGGGGGCAACAUUGUCACUUCAUGAUACCUUGUAGGCAUACCAGACAACACAAUCUUUUUCCCUCCUCUGAAAUAUUACAAAUAUUUAAAUAAAUUCACAUCAUCUGGGAAGAUGAGUAGGUCAACAAUAAACAAGUCCACAAUCAUAAUGUUGAGACCACAAUAAUAAGGUUGAAGUCCACAAUCAUAAGGUUGAGACAAAAAUCAUAAGGUUGGGAAAAUGGAAAAUCCAAAAUGUUUUUUUUUAAAUAAUAACACAGACAUGAUAUGGAAUUAUGGACCAGCAAAACAUUAGAUUGAUCUACAAUAUGUUGCAGACAUCUUUAUAAACUUGCGAGCAAACAUUUAUACAAAAAACAAGAGAAUUAGCCUUUAGUCUUAGUUUUGGAAUGAUAACUACAAAAAAAUAAAACAAAUUAAUCCCUGACACCAAUGUAAAAUGUGCUAACAUAUAAAAAAAAAAAAAAGAAAAAAUAUCUAAUUUUAGAUUGCACUUUGUUCAUUACCUAUUAAGAAGCACUGAUACAAUGUAUUUUAGUUGCAAAUUGUAAAAUAUUCAUUUAUCUGUUCUUUUAAAUAAAGUUCCCAAACUUACUACUAAAA